ACAGUAAAUUGUUCAACUUCACACGCUAUCAGUUGCUCAUAUCCAAAAAAACAACUUCCAGUAUCUUUCUUCGCAGGUGUUUUUGUUUUGCUCGUGCUCGUGGAUGUAAUUAUCUGUUUCGAAUAUUAAAUAAAAACGCCACAUUUAUUCGCAUAAUGUUGGUAAUUUUCCCAUAUUGUUAAAGUUCGUUUCGUUUGGAUGAAACAGGAUGUUUCCAAAUAUUGGUCUGACGGUGUGCCUUUCUUGAUGCGUAAUUUCUACCCGUGGUUCAAAGAGAACAUGAGUUCGUAGUAACCAAGUAUUACCAUAACAUCUACAUCAUGGACAUAUACCCAGAAUAUUUCAAAUCGUCGAUGAAGACGAGUUUGUCGACGUCGCCUGCUAUCAUGGAAUCGAUCGACAGCCCUUCAUUGAUACUUACAGUAAAUCAACAAUCGACAUGUCACAAAGAUUCCAUCGCUUCACCUAAUAUCAAUUACGAAUGCUCCACGUUAAAUGUCAGCAACGUUAAUCAAUUAGAAAAAAAAGAUUCGGGACCCAAGUGUUUUUUAUUAAUAAACGAGAAAGAACAAUUAAAGGUCAACUCGCCAGAAGAUUUCAUAAAGAAAUUACGUUGCGACGAGAAUGCCAAGGUGAAGGUGGUGGCAAUAUGCGGAAACACUGGUGAUGGCAAAUCGUUCACAAUGAACGAGUGUUUUUUCAACGGUAAAGAAGUAUUUAGCACUUCUAGCGAACAGGAUUCGUGUACCAUUGGUAUUUGGACAGCUUAUGAUUCACAUUCGAAAGUUAUCUGUAUCGAUACCGAAGGCUUAUUGGGAUCGACUAAUAAUGAAAAUCAACGUACCAGACUAUUAUUAAAAGUGUUAGCUAUUUCCGAUAUAGUUAUAUACAGAACACGUUCGGAAAGAUUACAUCGUGACUUAUUUACAUUCCUUGGUACUGUUUCGAAAGCAUAUACCCAUCAUUUUAACGCCGCUUUACAGUCCGUCAGCCAAAAAACCGAAUACUCGGGUACUUUAUCUGCCCUAGGACCAGCUGUGAUCAUAUUUCACGAAACUAGACAUACUAAAGUUUUAAAACCAGGUAAAAAUGAAAGUCCCGAAGAUAUAAUUCGUUCUAAAUUCGCCCAAAUGAGACUUGACAUCGAAGCAUUCAGUUCGUUGAAGUAUGUUGGUGUGCAAACUCCUCUUCCACCGACUAGUUUCAAAGACUUACAGAAUGCUAUCAUUGCUGAACUAGACAACACUACGGUUCGAUCUUCGCGAAGUCCUCGAAUUGUAUUUUUAACUUUGAAAGCAUUGAAUGAUAAGUUUUCCGGUGACAUAGAGAGUACGACGCAAGAAAUCAUGUUUCCAGACCAAUAUUUUACAUGUCCGGUUCGUUGUUUAUCAUGCGAAACUCGAUGUAGUUGCAGUAUGGGACAUUUAAAUGAGAACUUGCCUCAUACUAGUGGCAGCAAGUGCAAGUACCAACAUCAAUAUAACAAUUGUAUGUAUAUUUGCAAACAAUGCCAUACAAACGGUAAAGAAGUUAUAGUAACUCCUAAAUACUCAUCAUCGAGCGAAUCAUCAUGGUUUGCCUUCGCUAAAUAUGCAUGGUCCGGAUAUGUAAUUGAAUGCCCUCAUCAUGGAGAAAUCUACCGUAGUCGUCAAUUCUGGUACGGUAACGCUGAUCCAGAAAUGAAAGCAGUUCGAUCAGAAAUCCAGCACGUUUGGCCUGAUGGUAAAACUGGAAACCACACUUUGCAAAAUCCGGCUCAAAGGGUCAUAGAUGGUGUCUCGUAUUUAUCCGAAGCUGUGUAUAAUGCUAGCGCCGAACCAUCCAGAUACGUAACAUCUUGGGUAGCAGAUCAAAUUGCUCCCAAAUAUUGGGAACUUAACGCUGAAAUUAAGUCGUGUAACGUAUGCAAAAAGGAUUUCACUGUCGAGUUGACGAAACAUCAUUGUCGAGCAUGCGGCAAAGGAGUUUGCAAAAAUUGUUCUGUGAAUAAUCGACCAGUGCCAGAAAGAGGAUGGACAUAUCCAGUUCGUGUUUGUGAUAAUUGCAUCUGUGAUACAGUUUCAGUGGAUCGUAUUAGCAUAUCAAGCGAUAUAAGCUCCGAUGAUACAGAAGUUAGAGUUCGAAAAGUUGGCGAAGCUGUUGUAAACACUAUUUCGUCGGUUGCUUCGGUUUUAGAAUACCCUAAAAGCUUAAUAAAAGAUACCGCUCGACCACCGUACUGGGUACCGGAUAGUAAAAUUAGUUCUUGUUGCGUUUGUGGCGUUAAAUUCAAAAAUUUCGAUACAAACGUUAUUAGAAAAAUACACCAUUGUCGGGAUUGCGGCGAAGGUGUUUGUUCUUCUUGCUCAACGAACAGACGAACGGUAGCUCAUCGUGGAUGGGAGAACCCCGUCAGAGUUUGUGAUAAUUGCGUAAAAUAGUAAACGUUUGAUACGUAUCAAACGAUGAUGUACUAUUUACCACAUUUUUUGUAUAAUUUUUUAACGUGUAAUGCUUUCAACGUUACCGUUUCAAUGGUAUUAUGACGCUUCUCGCUUAUAAUGUAUUCCAUUUUUAUUAUACCUACUUUGGGCUAUAUUGUACAUACUUAUAUAUUUUCAUAAUGUGUAAUUAUCAGCGUACAAAUACACCGACGACGAAGCCUUCCGAUCGAUUUUCUUUUAAAUAGUGCCUAUUUUUCAAGCUUUAAUUACAGUGUUGUUUGUCAUCGAUGACGAACAGUUACCAAAGAUGAAAUUUCUUAAGAUAUUUUAGUAGUUCAUAGUUGAUCAAACUGUUUACGACUGCCCUGGAGAGUGGUCAUAUUUUCAAUAUGCAUUGUUUAAAACUGGACAAUUUUUUCGUUUAAAUGUAGUUUUAUUAUUUUAUACUUUAUAUUGUAAACUCGUAUAUGAUUUGUGUUGUAUUAUCGUUUGUUGUAAUGUAUCGUGCAUACGUGUCAGCGGAUUGUCUGAUGCACAGUAACGUGCAUACAGUAAUAUACUGUGAGAAUUGAA